AUGGAAAUAAAAACACGAAAAUUGUGUAGUAAUGAAGAUAAUAUCGUGCGAUGUAGCGCUGUUGAAAAUAUAGAAAAUGUAACGUUACAAGAAAAUCAAUUUCACAGCCAACAACUUCAUAUUUAUGAACAGCGUAAUGAAUGCAUUACUCCCGAAGUUAUUCUACAUAGAGACACAGGAAUUCCUGGCGAUGGUAAUUGUCUAUUCCACUCGCUCAUAAGUGUUUUGCAACUUCAAAUUGAGAGUUGUGACUUGAGAAAUCAGUUACGCGAUUCACCCUAUUUAAACUCCUGCCACAAUCCGCAAGAAGCAUAUAACAUUCUAUCAAGUAGUAAUGAUUACGGAGAUUUGGAUUGUUUGUACUUAUUCUCUAAAAUGUACAAUCAAAAUAUUUGUGUACAUUAUUGUUUUUACAACAUAACUACAACGAAUGAAGACACUAUCUUUUGUCAUUUUAAAGCGAAUGAUACACAAAACUGGAUUCAUCUUCAUCUUCGUGAACAACAUUUCACACCUUUUUAUGAAGUAUCAGAUUUAUUUGAGACAGUACAAGACGCUACCCAAAAUGAAGCCCAUGGUGAUGCCAAUAUUGAACUAUAUCGUGAUAAUUAUGAUGAAGAUCCUACAGAAGAUAACCAUAACAAUCAUGAAAAUGAAAUUGAGAUUGAUAGAGAAGAUCGAAUUGGUGAAAAUAAUAUGGAUUUUAUUGAUGAUGGCACUAUUCCAGUUUAUACAAAUUAUCGUAAACACAGUAUAAGUCAUAUUGAUUUUUAUAACAAAUUUACGAGUAAUUUAUUCGGUCAUUCUUGUAUUAUUUGCGACAGACUAUGGUGGAAAAGAGACUUGAAAAAGUCGACCAGUAAACAUGAAAGUAUUUUGAAAACAAUAUUGCAGAAUUACAUACCUGGUGAAAUUGUUCAAGUCUGCUCUACGUGUUAUACAUCUUUGCAAAACGAAAAAAUUCCUCUCAUGUCAACCUACAAUGGUUUUGCAUAUCCGAAAAUUCCAUCACAUUUACCAACGUUAAACCUUAUCGAGCAACGGUUGAUUUCCCCGAGAGUACCGUUCAUGCAGAUUCGUAGACUGAGACACGUUAAUGGUCAGUAUGGUAUUUAUGGACAGAUAAUUAAUGUACCUGUUGAAGUUAAUACAAUGGUGAAACAAUUGCCAAGAAACAUUGAAGAUGACCACUGCUUUUAUGUGCAUUUGAAAAAGAAGUUGAUUCACAAAACUAGUUAUGUCCACGGGCUUAUAAAUAAGAGCCAUAUUAAAGAGUGGUUAUCGUAUUUAGUAUCUACGCCUCUUUAUAUUCAUUAUGACAUUAAAAUCGAUGAAUCUUUUUUUACUGGCAAUGAACGUACUUCGCAAUUGAAUAUGGAUGAAAUAAGUGAACAUGUGCCAAUUGAAGACAAUUUAGUUGCGCAGCAACAAACUCUUUUGUGGAAUGAUGAUUAUUUUUUGAGUAUAGCACCCGCUGAAUAUAACAGGCCAGUCAGUAUUUUAAUGGAUGAACAUGCGGAAGAACUAUCUUUUCCGACAAUCUACGGCGGUCAGUUUCGAACAUACAGAGAUGGUGUUAUUGUUACUCCAUUUAUGCAAGCUACCAGCGAACUUCGGCGUACUGAUAGGCGUGCUACUGACCCACAACACCUUUUAUACAUCGCUGUUAAAAUUAUGAGGUUGAGAAUUAUACUAGAUGAAUAUGCUUGUGCAACAUAUGUUGUUGAAUAUGUCAAUAAGCAUAAUAGAGGGAUUAGUAAUUUGCAAAGGCAAAUAAUUGACAUAAUGGACGAGCAUCCAGAAUUCGACAUUGUCGAUAUCACGAAAAAAAUGAGUAUUGACAUACUUCAGUCUGUUGAAAUGCCGGCACAAGAAGCCGCUUGGUAUUUAUUAAGAGAACCUAUGGCUCAGUCAUCGGUGGUGACAGUCUACAUUCCAACGGUAUUUCCUACUGAACGCACAAGAAGUAGAAAAUCUAUGAAGGAGCUUGAAGCUUUAGAUGAUGAUUGUACGAACAUUUGGAAAGAGAAUUGGCUUGAUAAAUAUGAGAAAAGACCUGAAGAACUCCGCGAUGUUACGUUAGCACAAUUUGUUGCAAAAUAUUACCUAAAUACAAAGGGAACUUACACUAAAAGAGAUACUGCAAGAAUAAUAAGAUACAGGAACUACGAUAUGGCUGACAAUUACAACGAUUAUAGGCGUGAGAUGGUUCUGUUGCAUGUUCCUUUUCAAAGUGAAGAAAAUGAUAUUAUUGCUGAAAAUAAGUUCAUUCAAAUAUACGAGGACAACAAAGAUACGAUAUUAGAACGUAGGAAAGAAUUUGAAUCAAAUUUGGACAUAGAGAAAACUUUAGAAAUUUGUAGACAGUUGUGCCGAGAAAACGAUGAAGAACAAGAAGACGAAGAAUUAUUAAGAGCGGUUGAUAUAUUGCAUGAAAGAGAUCCUUAUGACUUAUUGCUACGUGAUCCAAACUCAACUGCUAACC